CCCCCCCCCCACACACACACAGCUAUACAUACAUACAGUCUAUCUCUCUAUCUCUAUAUAUCUUCCGCACACAUGCACCAUGGCCGUCCAUCCAUCUCCAUCCCUACCCCCUCCGCAUGAAUCUCUCCAGCAAAAUCUGCUCUCCUCCUCGUCGUCGUCUACCUCUUUGCACGAUUCAGCCGUCUCGUCGUUGGUAUCUCUGUCGAAAAAAUCGGACGACUCGUCAUCGUCGUCAUCCAUUUCAAUCCCGUCGCUUGAACCUGCUCCGCAACCGGCAAGCCUCACGCAAGCUCUCGCCCCGCUGCAGGCUUCGCCACAAUCAUCAACAGCGCCAUCAUCGCUAGGAGGCUCACGAACACUCCCGCCGCCAUCGCCAACCACCCAUCUCAUCAAUCAGCUGCAGAGUGAUAACAUCCCGGCGCCCAUGAAUAGGUCCACCGCCAGGCCGCCGGCUGUCUCCAGUGCGCCCAAGACCUCGUCAGGCUUGCGUCGCGGCCUUGUCGGCCUCGCCCUGCUCAUCGUUGACGCUCCGCCGCAGAAAUCUUUCCUCGGAAAGGCUUGGCGCGUUGGCGGGGCCCUCGCGCUCAUCGCACUUGACCUGGGCCUCCUGCUCUUUGUCGCGGUCAUCGCACCGCAUGACACCCCGCUUGCCGUCCCGCCACUCGUCCGCGGCAUCGCCAUCGUCAUCUUCGCCCUCAUCAUCAUCGCCACCAUUGCAUGCAUCCUUCGUCUCGCCGUAGGUGCCCCUCCGCCGCACACUACCGCCAUCGUCGCCUGCGCGGCUGCUCUUGUCAGGCUCAUCUACACCGUCGGCUACCUCCCGCUCGCCGUCCUCCUCGCCCGCCCGCUCCUCCUCCCGCUGCUGGCCAUUCAUCUCGCUCUCGGCUUGCUACUUGUGAGCCAUACCAAUGUUCAUGCCAUCGAUCCGGUCGGUGGUCCAUCGCUCGCCCGCGCCUGGUCUGGCGUUCCAGACCUCAUUGUCCGUGGCGCCGCCACCGUCAUCGUCGCCACAGCCGCCAUCUCGACCCACUCUGUCGCCAUCAGCAUCACUACCGCGCUGGCCGCCUCUGUUGCCGCCGCCUCCGUUGCGUACCUUCGCCCGCAUCGCAUCCAUCUCAUCAACCGCCUCCGAUGCGGCAGUCUCCUCGCUCUCGCCUGCUACGCCACCGCCACCGCCGCCCUCGGGCCGAGCCACGGCCUCGUCCACCUCAUCCUGGCCAUCCUCGCCCUCAUCGCCGGCAUGGCGCUCCCAUCGCACCCGCCGCUCACCCCGCUGCCCGUCCUUGCCUCGAAGCUCGCUUUCGCUCACUUCUCGUCCUUGACCUCGGCCCGGCCGUCGUCGACGACCUCCAUCUCGAGACGGUGCUGACAGCCAAGCUCUCGCGCGCGCGCUACGCAGUGUACAUCAGCCUCCAUCGCCGCGCCUACGACGAGGCUGCUGAGCUCUUCAACGAUCUGGCUCCCGAGCUGACUGAUUCGCAAGCUGAUGCCGCCCUCGUUGCUCUCGAGCAGCAGUGGCGCCAUCGGCUCGGCACCGUCUCGCUCCACGCCUCGCUCGACCUCCAGCUCGCCCUGGGAGCAGCGCGGAACGGCGUGCCGGCGGUGAUCACUCUCCUCACCAAGGACAAGCACGCACCGGACGCAUCGGCCAUCCCACGGAUGAUCUACCACAUGCGGGCGCAGCUGCGGGCAGAGGAAGACGUUGUUGUUGCCUCGGCCUGUACCGCCGCUCUCGCCGCCAGCUGUGCCUCCUCGCGCUGCACCGCCUUCCCACACAUCAUCCAGCGCCUGCUCUGGUCGCUCUACGGUGGCGAGCGGGCGGCGGCAUACGGAUCGCACGCCGCAGGCAUCGUCUCGGCCUUUCACGCACAAGCCGCUCACCUUGAUCUUUCGCCGUCCACUCUCUCUGUCCUCACCGACGUCAUCCGUGGGCCGACCGUCCUCUCGCCGGCGUCAUCGCUCCUCGCCGCCGCCCUCACCAUCGCUCCGCCGUGGAAGGAAUCGGGCGGCUCGGACGAUGGUCGCGUCCUUAGCCGACGCAGCAGCCAUCUCAGCAUUGUCAAUCCUACGGGGCUCAUCGAGCACGCCCGCCAGCUCGCUCACGGCGACGAUGUGGCCACUCUCGUCGCCCGCGCCCUCGGCCAGUGGAUCGACGCCAUGGCGGCCGAGGACAAGCUGCUUGCCAUGGUCGUCACCGGCUACGCCCGCAUCGACCCAGCCUCGCACGCCAUCCUCCGCCACCUCCUCGCCGCAAAGCCUGAUCGCCUCCUCAUCCUCACACAGAUGGACCGCUCUUCCCGAUCCGUCGCCCUCAAUCCCUUCAUCCGCCCCUGGGUCGUCAACGGUGCCGGCGGCGUCGUCUUUGAUCCGUCCGUCCCGGGCGCCGAUCGCCUCGCCAACCUCUACACCGUCCGCCUCUCCACCCGCGCCCACCAAGCUCGGCGGCUCAAGAGUCUCUAUUGCACUCGGUCGGCUCGUUGCCCUCGGUUGUCUCCAUCGGCGGCCAGGGAUCGGUGGCCUCUGCUACCAGCGCCAUCUCGGCCCGCGAGACAAGCUCGCCGCUGGCGCUGACCAACCUCGCCGGUCUCAGUAGCAUCCCGCUCUCGGCCACCGUGAGCAACGAUGCUCUCGUCAUCUGUCCGCUAUGCACCCAUGUUGCCCUCGAUCGCGCGUGGAGCGCAGACAUGGAGCACUUUGCCUCCUCCAUCUCCUCCUCUCUCUCGGCUGUGGCCGUCGACAGCAAUCACCGCAUGCGGCCGCACGCCAGCGGCGCAGCCGAGCUGUACGCCUCGGCUCUGGAGGCAUCAUACCAGCGCAAGCCAUCGGAGCAGCUGAGCAGCAUCUUUGUCUUCUCUGAUGAAGAUGAUGAGGACGACAAGGACUCGGUUGUUGUUGUCCGUCACCGCGACGGCUGUCACAGUCACCUCGACGGUGAUGACCUCCUCGACGGCAAGUUGGAGGCCGCUGCCGCUGCCGCUGCCGCUACCGGCAGCAACUCCGGUCGUAUCCAACAACGCGGAUAUGACGACCAGGACGAUGGUGACGAGCUGGGUAAGGCGGUUGGCGAGGACGCUGGCUACGGGUUCCUCCAUCUCAGCCACGAUCGCCGCAGCGCAGGCGGCCUUCUCCAUCCCACGUCGUCGUCGACAAUCCGGCGAGCGGCCCGGCUGAGCAACAGCUCGGACAGCAUGGGCACCGGCGAUGCGCCGUUGCUGCGACGGACGCUGCGACUCACCAAUGACUCGGGCAGCGUUGCCCCGAGCUUGUCAUCGCCACGGAUGAUCAAACGCCCGUCGCUGCAGCGGCUCCCACCGCGAUCACCCACGCAGCGCACGCCGACUGUGUCGUUUCGCCGCAAGACAGCGACGGCAUCAGACGAGGCAAUAGCAGGCACAUCGCGCGGAUCGCGCAGAGCACGGUCGUCCACAAACAUCGCCUCGGUCACGGUUGCCUCGACUCCCACCGUCGUGACCUCGACCAUGUCGGCGACAGCCACGGCCACAACCUCGGCCACCGACGAUCAACCCGAGGACGGGCGUGGUGACGAGGACGAGGACGAGGACGAGGACGAGCAAAGGCAUGUCAUCAAGCGGCUGGCCAUCACCGAUGCCGACGAGAAUGCGGACACCCACACGCCGAGCAAGACAGAAGCAGAAGCAGCAGCCACAGACGCCGCCGCAGCCGCAGCCGCAGGCGUCCCCUCGAUCUUCACCUCGACGACGGUGUUGGCGGCGGUGACCGAUGCGCGGGCGCAACACAGUCCCAAAGCACACUGCGCGCUGCGGGUCACGGCGUUGGUCCAUCAGCGGCUGGCGCGCAGCAAGGCGGCCGGUGGAACCAUGACCUUUGUUCGCAUGCUCGCCAUCAUGGGCACCGAGGCCGAGCUCGAGCUGGUGACGGCGAUCCACGCCGCCAUCGCCGCCUUCGACCUCGAGCCCUUUGCCGUCCCGCUCCUCCGCACCGUGACCACCAGCGAGCUGGUCGACGCCGCCGUCGCCGCAGGCGUCCUCAUCGUUCGCCGCAACUCGCCCCGUGGCCCUCUCCUCCUCGCCUUUGUCCACCCCAUCGAGUGGAUCUCCGUCCGCGCCACCAUCGACACCGCCCACGCGGAGUUUGUCGCCUAUCACCUCGGCCGGGUCAUGGCCGCUUCGCCCAACCCGCGCCACGCCGCGCCGAGCGCGUACCUCGGCUACGCGCGACUCGCCUGGGACAUCGAGCUUGUUCUCGACGCGCUAGCUACCCUCACGACCGAGCCAACAACCCGAUCGGUGGCCCAUGCCGCAGAGCGGCUGAGAUUGCUUGCCCGUGUCCGCGGCUUGGGCGCCACGCCCAUCCUUACCCACGCACUCGUCACCUCCAUCACCGAGUCCGAGAGCCCCGGGCGGUACAACGGCGGGACGCCUACGUUUGCCGAAGCCUUCAUCUCCCCGACUCCGAGGUAUCGCGCCUCGGAUACGGUUGCUGCUUCCGCUCUUGCUGCCUACAUCGACGCCAUUGUCGACGAUGUCCGCAUCGGCCGCGCCACCGCCGCCCUCCUCGCCGAGGCCGUCGAGGCGCUGGAGCUUCUCGCCACCCUCCCAGUGCCUCCGGCCCUGCUGACGACGUACAGGGCCAAGGUGGCCCUCGCCAAUCACAACCUGCAUGACGCGCAUCACCAUCUCGCCGCUGUUGCCGUCAUGGCUAGCUCCGAUCGGGUCGAUGCCGAGUUCCACGCCGCCGCGAGCCGUCUGCUCCUCGCCCUCGGUAACCCGGGCCGCGCCGUCGCAUGGGCCAUCGCAAGCCCGACAAGACCUUCAACCGAGCUGCAGUGCUUGGCCGCCGAGGCAGCGCUGGCUAAUGGAGAUGCAAUGAGCGCAAGCGGACUGGUCAGCUCCAUGGCGCCCGAUGCGUGGCUCGACCUCGUGCCGCGCCUGCUGCUGAUCGACGGCGACGUGGCGGCGGCCGGCGGCCGACGGAGCAAGGCGCGGGAGCGGUACAAGGCCGUGGAGCUGAUGGAUGUGACGCCGGCAUCAUCUGAGGCCGCGCGUGUCCGGCUCGCCCUUCUCUCCCUCAUUGUCAACGAUCGCGAGACAUACUGGGACGCGCGCGCGGCGCUGAUGGGCCACCUCGGUCGGCCCGCCGCGCUUGCCUGGGCGGCGCUGGUGGAGCUGGUGGCGGAGCUGGCGGACCUGCCGCGGCACCGAUCGCCAGCCGAGGUCAUAUCCAGUGCCCAGCCGCCAAUCGCGGCUGUCAUUGCGGGCUUUGGUUCGCCUGCCGCUACCGCUGCUGCUGCCAUCUCGCUCCGCAGGCUCGUUGAGGGCAUGGUCGACGUGGUGCCGAGCGCUGCAGGCAGGGCCAUUCGCCGCGGUGCGGUGCUGAUGGCGGCAGAGUUGGUGGAGCUGGUCGGCCGACAGCACUUGCUCCCGGGCAUCGACGUCAAUCUCUACGCCACGCCCGGGCAGAUCCCUGCCGCCGCUCCGCUCGACGCGCCUGUGUCGCUCGAGCCGGAGACGCUCUGGUGGGGACUCGACGACGCCCUGCACGUCGUCGCCCGCAUGCACAGCAACCGCGUCCGCCGAUGGCCCUCGCGCCGCGCGCUCAUAACCUGGCUCGAAGCCUCCAUGCUGGAGGAGGAGAUCCCCAUCGCCAUUGACUACAUGCUCGCCGCAGGUAUCCUCCGCCGCUCCCAGUCGGCCGCCGUCGCAUCGGCCUGCCCCUGCGUCUCCUCGCGCGCCGAGUUCGCGUGGCUUCUCACCAUCUGAACACUCCGUAGAAGCUCUCUGAUUGGACACAUAACACGCAUACGUCAUCAGAUCAA